CGGGCGUCCGCUAGUUCAUAAUAAACUUAAUAAUAUCCAAUUUUUUUCGAUUACGUGUAGGUCAUCUUCCGUCUUCGUCAACGUAAAAACUUCUUUUAAAGAAGUCGGUUAAAAAACACAAGAUCUUCGUUGUUAUUUUUUUUAUAAUACUUAUAUUAAUAACAAUGAUAAAGUUAAUGUAUUUUCUUGUGUAUUCUCGGAUAAUUGGUGUACAUCCUCUGCGACAUCGUUUAGUGUAAUUUGUGCAGUUUGUAUAAAACGCAGGAAUCACGCGAACACGUCUUUGUGACGUGUUUGACUUGAUCACGAUAUGCCGAGAUCUCUGUCCAUCUGUUUCGUGAUUUUAGGUCUAACUGGAGUGAGUCAAGAAGUCUCCUCGAAAGUUGAUUUUGGAGAAGAAUCUUCACCGGUCGUAACUAACUCAAGCAAAGAAGACGAUGACGUUGAAGUUAAACAUACUAUAGUUGUUUCUACAAAGUUAAAAAAUACCAAUCGAAGAGGUUUACAUACAAAUGAUGACGGUGAAAGUGUAUACACAUUCGACUCCAAAAAACCAGUUAAAGACGACAGUAGUGAAGUUCCCAUAGUAAAAGCUUACAAGUCAGUUGAGACAACGCAAAUAAGAACACCAGAUACUAGAAAAUCUACUACUUUCCCGGAAUUUAUCAGCUAUAAUAGUCAUCCUAGAGAUGAAUAUGAUUUGUAUCCCAAUGUCGCUGUGAACCCUAUGCAAUGGAAACCUUCAACGUUUUACAACAACGUCAAUUGGAAUCAAGAUGGUUUAGAUUAUAUCAGAAGAAGACCAGACUACCAAAAAUUCCAUAGAAGAGUUACAGAUGAUGGAGUAAGAGAGUUUUAUUGUAAAAAAUGUCGAGAACUCGGAGGCACCAGAGGCUGUGACCAACAAAGACGCAAUUUGUGGAUGUAUGAAACGACUACUCCUAAAAUGAAAAUUGAUGGUAAAUUAGCAAAAUUAAAUUAAUACCCCAUUGUUUGUAUCUAUUCUAUCAUGUAAUUACUGCCUAUGUUAACUAUUCUAUCAUGUAAUUACUGCCUAUGUUAACUAUUCUAUCAUGUAAUUACUGCCUAUGUUAAACAAUAAAGGUUGCGUCUUGGUAACCUUGAAUUGUGGUUUAAAGGUUAUUCUAUGUAUGAGUAAUAGUGUUGUGGUCAUUGCGCAUCUAGGUGCUUUCAAUAAAUAACCAUUAAAUGCAAUAUUUAUUGCAUUCAGUUUGUUGCAACAUUAUUGCAUAUUGGAAUUCCCUUAACAAC